AUGCAUCCACGCGUGGCCGUUAUCCUGGGCGUUGAUCGCAAGUGGUACGUGCCUCUGCUGGUGUGCCGUGCUCUCAGCACCGUGCCCGCCGCUUGGUGGGGGUUGCGCUGCGCGUUUACCUUCCUAGCCGAGCUGCUUCACAUUCGACCAGGGAUGGGACGGGAAGGCUGGGCCGCGGCCAUUAUAGGAAGUAUUGGAGCAAACUGGGAUGUUGAACGGAGAUUUCGCGUGACGGAGGUAGCAUUGGCUAUUGUGUGGUGCUGCGCAUCUGCAUAUCUUUCUUAUUUCUUUGCCGACUGUAUGAUGUCUCGGUGGCUUUUAAACUAUACCCCUCCAGCAGUUGUCAUCCGUCUUCUAACAAUAAACGGGUUAAUCGCAUAUCUUACUUCUUGGGUUCUCUAUCUCUCCGGUGCGUCUUCGGACCCGCGCCUCCUCCUACCGGCAUGGAUCUCUAUUACAACGACACUCACCUUCUUGUACCACGCCACCCAGAACCGCGCCAUGAUCAAACGCGAAACAGCAGCCUCCUUGUUAGUCGUCUCUGCCGCCAGCUUCAUCAGCAUGACUUCGUUACUUCUGCAGCUCCAUUUGACUCGGGAAAAUGAGCCAGAGAUGCCCGCGUUCGUGAUGGGAAGGAAGCUGUGGGGGUGGGCUGUUGAAAUCUUUUUACAGAUGCGCGUUACAGAUGACAAAGCUGGGAGUUAA